UGACUCGGUCUAUGACGACUUUCAGUUGUCAGUUGUCAAUGAAUAGUGUUUUGUGAUCAGUUGUUGAUUAAUAACAUGUAAAUAUUGUUGAAAGCAAUAAUUAGUCUAGUUUACAAAAGAUAAAAGAAGAAUAUUAAUGUUCCAAAAAUGCCUGGACCAGUCAGACCUAAGGGCUCAAAUACAGGCAGUAGGGCUCAAUCGGUAGCCCCAAUGUCCGAGAGGCAACAGAUGGCGCUGCUGAUGCAGAUGACUUCAGGCAAUGAGUUGGGGUCAAGAAGUCCCAGUUCGAGUUCUUCACGAACGAGAGAAAGGAACGAAAGAGGUGAAACUCCAUUGCAUUUAGCAGCUAUUAAGGGUGAUGUUGAUCAAGUUUGCAAAUUGCUUGCACAACACACUGAUCCUAAUGUAGCUGAUUUUGCUGGUUGGACUCCCCUGCACGAAGCCUGCAACCAUGGUUGGUACGAAGUGGCCUUUCGUCUUGUCCAAUCGGGUGCCAACGUAAACGCGCGCGGUUUGGACAAUGACACUCCUCUCCAUGACGCAGCUGUCAACGGACACCUCAAACUCGUCAAGCUGUUGGUGGAAAAGGGUGCGGAUAUAUAUGCAAAAAAUUCUAAAGGGAAGACUCCACUAGACGUGGCUCCCGCCUCCGUUAAGCCUUAUCUUCUAAAUUCCGCUUUGCCUUUACCAGAUUCUACAUCGAAUUCUAGAGUAGUUUCUCGCGCAUCGAGGGAUGACAAAAAAAUCACCUCAAGCUGCGACCCAUCUACCUCAACGGCCUCCACCGCGAGUGGUGGCAGCAACGCUGCCGGCGGAAAUAGUGGUGCUGCCGCCUCAACAUCGGGUAAAGCCCAAAAGAACGAACCGAUGGAAGUGAAGACUUCCACGGCGUCUGGUACUUUCUCAGCGACGGCUGGGACAUCGUCGAGAAAUACCUCCGGAACGGCAAGGGGUGCUUCGGGAACGACGACCGGCGAUGACGUCUACGAGUUCAAAUCAGCUAAGGAGGGUGACACAUCAAGUGCUGAAAGAAAACAAGGAUCUGGAUCUGGAAGUACCGAAAUGGAAACAGACGAAACUGAUCCUCUUAGUGUAACGCGCCCGACUACACAGGCUUCCGAAGAAUCAUCAUCUUCAUCUGCAAAAAGGCCAUUUUAUGACGGUAAUGAAGGUCAAGAAGAAUCUGUAGCUCCUGCGAACACUGGAGAUGAGGAAACCAAACGAAAGAAACGUAAGGAAGAUAACGCUAGAGAAGGGAAAUCCACAAAUCAAAGAAAUGCAGGACAGAAUAAGGGGCAAGGUGGUAAGCAAUCCACUGGAGGUCAAACUAGAUCAGGAGCUUCAACUUCAUCAAAAGCCAGUGCGGAUAAAAAGAGCCCGUGUUCUAGUCCAAAACCUCCUGGAUCUGAUCCUGAAGUGGAAGAUGGAAAAACAGACCUAAAGGUUCCUCCAUUGAAAAUCGUCAUUCCUCAAACCAGUAACGCCGAGCAAGAAAGCGGUGCUGGGCGUAAUGGUAAGAAUAGUUCGCAAAGAUCACAUCUACCGUAUGUAGUUCCAAGUUCCACCAAUACCGAAGAAAAAGAUUCCAGUGCAACGACUAAUAGUCCCGAAAGCAGUGCGAACACCAGUAAAAGUGAAGACAAAAAGGAAAAUAGUGGGGCUACCUCAGAUGAAGCUCAGUCAAAUGCGGAUGCUGAAACCUCAUCUUCAUCAGCGUCAACAUCUGCGCCACCUCCACCAGCACCACCCCAAGUAGAACUUCAUCCACGCAAACGCAAAAUGAAGCAGAACAAAGACGUUCCUCCUCCACCAAGUGACUCACAGGAGUCCUCAGCUGAAACGCAAGUGCAUCCACAUGAGCAGCCCAUUACGAAUUGCUAUCGGUUGUAUUUGAAUAUUCGGCAACAGAUUGCCAAGAGGCGCCGAGGAUUGUUUCCGGUACAACCCAAACCUCCUCAAGGUUUUAAAGAUUAUUUAAUGAACAGAUGUACGUAUGUAUUGGCGGGUACUGCUCCUACCACUCCAAAUAUUACGUAUCCGCAAACAUUACCACCACAGAUGAAAGAUUUGUUUACCGACCAAGAAAAGGAGAGGUAUAGACUGAGAACUCAGCAUGUGAUAGAAAAAGAGAAACUAGUAUUGUCUGUUGAACAAGAAAUUCUAAGAGUACAUGGCAGAGCUGCAAGAGCUUUAGCCAAUCAGUCUUUGCCAUUUUCAGUUUGUACCAUUUUAAGGGAUGAAGAAGUAUACAAUCUUAUAACACCCGAACAAGAAGAGAAGGACAGAAACGCUAGAUCUCGCUAUAAUGGUCGUCUCUUUUUAAGCUGGCUACAAGAUGUAGAUGAUAAAUGGGAAAAAAUUAAAGAACACAUGUUGUUAAGACAUCAUAACGAAGCUGAAUCUCUACACGCCGUCCAGAAAAUGGAUUGGGAGUGGAAAUUGAAGGAACUAAGUCUUUGUGAUCGAAAGUCGACGCCAAAGAUUGACGAAACUCACGUGCCGAUGGUACACGUGUCGGAUGAUUUCGAUUUACUGCCAGCUUGAAACAAAUUUUAUGCAAUAAUUGUGACAGUAUUUUAAAAAUAAUACUUUAUUUUAUAGUAUGUGUUGUGUUUAAAUGAUUAAAUAUUUAAGAUAA